ACUCUUUGUUAGCCAUGCCGAGCCUGCUGGUGUUAGCAGGGAUCAUGGAGAAAAACGGGGGCUACGCCGGGGAUCUGGCCGGCUCCGGCUUCGGAGGCGAGGCUCUCCUGGUGCCGCCCGACGACGACGAGGACGACUCCCGCGCCCUUCGGGUCGCGCUGGGCCAGCUGUCUCUGCUGGGGCUCGGCGAGGGCGAGGACGGCGGCGGCGGCGGCGGCGGCGUCCCGACGGCGGGAGUGCAGGACCGGAGCAACAACAACAACAACAACCAGCAGCAGCAGCAGCAGCAUGGCGGGGACGCAGCCAUCCUGGCCGGCAAGAGCAAGUUGUGCGCGCUGUACUCUGAGAGCUCGUCCGGCGAGCCCAAAGGACGCGGCUGCAACAUCACUGAAUGUGUUCCUGUGCCCAGCUCCGAACAUGUGGCCGAGAUAGUGGGCAGGCAAGGUUGCAAGAUCAAAGCACUGCGGGCCAAGACCAACACCUACAUCAAAACCCCCGUCAGAGGUGAGGAGCCCGUAUUUCUCAUCACCGGCCGCAAGGAGGACGUGGCCCUGGCUCGCCGCGAGAUCAUCUCGGCCGCCGAGCACUUCUCCAUGCUGAGGGCGUCCCGCAACAAGCUGGGUGUGUCUUUCAGCGGCUCCCCGCCCACGCCUCUACCGGGUCAGACCACCAUCCAGGUGAGGGUGCCGUACCGGGUGGUGGGGCUGGUGGUGGGCCCCAAAGGAUCCACAAUCAAACGCAUCCAGCAGCAGACCUGCACGUACAUCGUCACCCCCAGCCGGGACCGCGACCCCGUCUUUGAGAUCACGGGCUCGCCGAGUAACGCGGAGCGAGCCCGCGAGGAGAUCGAAGCGCACAUCGCCUUCCGGACAGGAGGUCUGCACGAGCACAACAACGAGAACGACUGCCUGGGCCCCCACAGCCCGGUGGGCGGUGGCGGUCUGGAGAGUCGUCUCCAGCAGGUCUGGGGUCUUCAGGGGGGCCAGCGCAAGCCCCUCAGCAGCAGCUACCGCCAGAACUUCUCAGACGCCAUGGUGGAAGGAGGCGGGAUCUACAACAAGGGCAACUUCUCCAGCUCUGGCGAGAAGCCUUGCUCCUUUUUCGGCUCGGAGGGCACCCAGAGCUGGGGGGACCCCGACUACCCCAAACAGAUGGCCUUCUACGCCCAGCAGCGCUCCAAGAGCUUCGGAGGCCUCCCGCUGCCCCUGACCAGACUCUCGCCGGGCCUCCCCGACUCCAACACUAACUGCGUGGUGUCCGGCUCGCCUCACGCCCAGGCUCGCCGCGCCCACAGCGAGCCCACCUCAGCCGGCGAGGGCGGCUUCCCCGGGCGCCUCCCCGUGCCGGACUCGCCGCCGGCCACCAUGCGGGACUGCAUGACCUGCUUCGAGAGCAAGGUGACGGCCGCCCUGGUGCCCUGCGGCCACAACCUCUUCUGCAUGGAGUGUGCCAUCCGAAUCUGUGAGCUGAAGCACCCCGAGUGCCCCGUGUGCCACACCCGCGUCACGCAGGCCAUCCGAAUAUUCUCCUAAGUCUCCUAAUCACUGGCUCUUAUUACACUUUGGUUCCAGAACAAUCAAGCAGAUAUUUUACAAGGCACUGCUUGCUUUGCUAAAAAGUCCAAGAAAUAUUUGUAACUUUUUCUUUUCUAUACAUAUAUAUAUUUUAUAAAACGUUGCUUUAUAAGAGAAGUAUAGCACCUUUUCUUUUCCCUUCACCAAUCUCCGUGCAGGCAGACGUAAUGUGAACAUUCCGGGAGGAAGUCUUCUCAAACUACUUCCACGCUUGGACAAAAUGUCAACACUUCUCCCGUACUUUGCUUAGUCUUCAAAAUCACUAAUUCCUAAUUGAUGGCACCUUGCUGGAACAUUCUCCUCCUCGCUCAAAGCACUCAUUUACUUUGGGAGGCCCCAAAGCUGUCCAGUCUCUUAUACACCCCCUCCCUCCUAAAGCGUGCGUUAUCGCCGUGGGGAGACAUCUCUGUGGCCAAGACCAAGGCCAAGGCGAGGUCUCAGCUAAGACA